AGCAGAUAGGAAACCACGCUCAGAAGCUUUGUCACCGCAAAGGAGAGCCUUAGAGAGCCCAGCUACAGGGAGGAAACGGGAGGAGCAAAGGGGAGUGGACAGAAAGGGAUAGGGAGGGACUAAUGAGGGGACCGGUUGAGUAGGGUGCCUUGUUGUUAGCACCUGGGACUCGCCCCAGCUCAGACCUUCAUUCCUCAGAAGAACAAGCUGCAGUCCUAACCAUGCUCGCUGCUGCGGGCUCCCUGGUAGCCACGAUCUGGGCAGCGCUCCAUCCCAGGACUCUGCUGGUGGCUGUAGUCACCUUCCUGCUCCUGGCUGACUACUUCAAAAACCGGCGCCCCAAGAACUAUCCCCCGGGGCCUUGGGGUCUGCCUUUUGUGGGCAACAUAUUCCAGUUGGACUUUGGGCAGCCCCACCUCUCAAUCCAGCCGUUGGUGAAAAAAUAUGGGAAUAUUUUUAGCCUGAAUCUUGGUGACAUAACUUCAGUGGUUAUAACUGGACUGCCUUUAAUCAAAGAAGCCUUUACUCACAUGGAACAAAACAUUAUGAAUCGCCCUCUCAGUGUUAUGCAAGAACGUAUCUCUAAUAAAAAUGGAUUGAUCUUCUCCAGUGGCCAAGUAUGGAAGGAGCAAAGAAGGUUUGCCCUGAUGACACUGAGGAAUUUUGGCUUGGGAAAGAAGAGCUUAGAGGAGCGCAUGCAGGAGGAGGCCUGCCACCUAGUGGAAGCCAUAAGAGAGGAGGAAGGAAAACCUUUUAACCCUCACUUCAGUAUCAACAAUGCAGUUUCCAAUAUCAUUUGCUCUGUCACCUUUGGGGAGCGCUUUGACUAUCAUGACAGUAGGUUUCAGGAGAUGCUGAGGUUACUGGAUGAGGUUAUGUAUUUGGAGACAACAAUGAUAAGUCAGCUCUAUAAUAUUUUUCCAUGGAUAAUGAAAUACAUCCCUGGAUCACAUCAAAGAGUUUUCAGAAAUUGGGAAAAACUGAAAUUGUUUGUCUCUUGUAUGAUUGAUGAUCACCGGAAAGACUGGAACCCUGAUGAACCAAGAGACUUCAUUGAUGCUUUCCUCAAGGAAAUGACAAAGUACCCAGAGAAUACUACAAGUUUCAAUGAAGAAAACCUUGUCUGCAGCACUCUGGACCUCUUCUUUGCUGGAACAGAGACAACAUCAACUACAUUACGCUGGGCUCUGCUCUACAUGGCCCUCUACCCAGAAGUGCAAGAGAAAGUACAGGCAGAGAUUGAUAAAGUGGUUGGCCAGAAGAGGGCAGCAAGGCUUGCUGACAGAGAAUCCAUGCCCUAUACCAAUGCUGUCAUCCACGAGGUGCAGAGGAUGGGCAACAUCAUCCCUUUGAAUGUUCCCAGGGAAGUAGCAAUGGAUACCAAUUUAAAUGGAUUCCACCUGCCAAAGGGUACAAUGGUUCUAACAAACCUAACUGCACUGCACAGAGACCCAAAAGAGUGGGCCACUCCAGAUGUGUUCAAUCCGGAGCACUUUUUGGAGAAUGGACAGUUUAAGAAGAGAGAAUCCUUUCUGCCAUUCUCAAUGGGAAAGCGAGCUUGCCUGGGAGAACAACUGGCCAGGUCUGAGCUGUUCAUUUUCUUCACUAGUCUUAUGCAAAAGUUUACCUUCAAGCCUCCAAUCAAUGAGAAGUUGAGCCUGAAGUUCAGAAGUGGCCUCACUCUUUCUCCCGUCAGCCACCGCAUCUGUGCUGUCCCUAGACAGUGAUGCUGGAGAAGCAACGAGGAAAGGAAGAUAUGAUGCAUGCCCUGAAGCUUCUGGGUCGCUCACAUGAGAGAAGAUACCAGAAAAGGAAGGUGAUCCAAGAAGUACUGAAGAAAUGUGGCUUAGAAAAUUGAAGCAGUCUCCUAGAAUGCUAGCCCCUUGAUUUGGUGGUGGGCACAUCAUUUAUGAACUCAGUGGCAUGCCUUUUUGUCUAAAUGUUUUGAGGAGAAUGGUGAUUCUUCCAAACAAAAUGCAUUAAAUUGAAUUUAAAAUGAAUUAAACAUCAAAAUUAAAAACUUAAUGGUUAUCUCAAAAGUAAACUUUCUAAGUUCAUCCUGAA